AUGCUGUGCUCCCGAAGAUUCCAGUCUUCCCUCAGCCCAUUGAAGGACUUCUACUGGCCUGUGCGCAGUCUAUGGCCAGAGGUCCGACCUCUUCUCGGCCAGCGGGAUCUACUGCAGAGAAACCUGCUGGAGAUCAAGAGCAGUCUGGAGCUGAUGGAGAAACUCCAGCAGCACAUCUUUGAAGAGUUGGACCAUGUCCCAGCCUCUGUGGCCAUCCAACCAGUCUCAUUCAAGCUGGAGAAAGAGGGAGAGCGCUUUGCCCUGACACUGGACACUAAAGACUUUUCCCCAGAUGAGCUGUCUGUCAAGCAGGUGGGCAGGAAGCUGAAAGUCAGUGGGAAGACAGAGAAGAAGCUAGAUGAUGGGGAAGGCUCCUGCUCAUACAGAUGCCAAGAGUUCAGACAAGAGUUUGAUCUGCCUGAAGGGGUGAAUCCUGAGACAGUCACCUGCUCCCUGGCUCAUGACGGGAAGCUCCACAUCGAGGCACCAAAGAAUCCACUAUCUGCUGAGGAGGAGGUGGCAGAGAGAGUUGUACACAUCAACUGUAGCCUGGAUGUGAAAACCCCACAAUUCCUCUCAAAGACAGAGGGCAGCAUCACUGACACACAGAAGAAACAAGAGAACACUACUUCACAUGAGGACUGAUUAUAUUUAUUAUGCUAUUUUUUUAUUUCAAAGGAUGUUUAAUUUUCUAAUACAUAUUUUUCAUUUCAUGAAACUCAAUUCAUUUACAUUUCAUAUCUUGUAACAAUCAAUAUGAGAUGCUAUUUCAGUUAAUCAAUAAAAUACAAACUUUUACACAAUAUUGCAGUCGUUAUGAUCUCUUCAAGGAAUGUCAACAUAAUGAUUAUUAUUUCUCAUCAAAAGUUAACUUGGCUUGAUAUUUUUCAAUGAUCAGUUUCAGUAAAUUCAAUUUUCUAAAAGCUCUACUAAAAAUGUUCUUAUUCUAACAUGUUCAUUACAUCUUUAAAAACCUGACUUUUGAAAACAAAUGUUAUGUGGUGUCACGCCCUGGCUCUGGGGACUAUGUUAUGUUGAGCCAGGGUGUGUAGUCUAUGUUUGUAUAUCUAUGUUGGCCUGAGUGACUCCCAAUCAGAGGCAACGAGUGUCAGCUGGUUGUCUCUGAUUGGGAGCCAUAUUUAACUAUCGGUCUUUUCACUUUGUGUUGUGGUUUCUUGUUCUCAUUUUGGUUUGUUUAUGUAACCAGAGACAUCACGUUUUCGUCAGUUAUUUUGAUUGUGUGAUCAGUCUAAUAAAUACUAUGUUCACUUUCAACGCUGCGCCUUGGUCCUCCUCAUUAGACGAUCGUGACAGAAGAAACCACCAAAACCAGACCAAGCAGCGUGACGAGGAGAAAGGCUGGAAUUACGAGAAGUGGAGAGAGAAUUGGACGAGAACCAUGGAGGCCUGGUCCACGGGGGAGAGACAAGCCCAGAAAAUUUCUAGGGGGGGGCUCACGCCGUGGACGACGGGGCAGCAGGAGUACGGGAUAGAGUGGUGCAGAGGGUUGGCAGAGAAGGCCGCCAGGUUAAGGGGGCCACUGGUCACAGAGGAGAGGGAAAGUGUGGAGGCACGGCGAGAGGUACUGGGGUGUGUUACCAGUCCGGUCCGGCCCGUUCCUGAUCCCUGCGUAGGGCCAGUGGUGUGUGUCCCCAGUACGGUCCGGCCUGUUCCUGUUCCUCGCAUCGAGCCUGUGGUGCGUGUUGUCAGCCCGGCGCGGCCCGUUCCUGCUCCCCGCCCCAAGUCAGUGGUGCGCGUCGUCAGCCCGGUCCGGCCCAUUCCUGCUCCCCGCACCAAGUCAGUGGUGCGCGUCGUCAGCCCGGUCCGGCCCAUUCCUGCUCCCCGCACCAAGUCAGUGGUGCGCGUCGUCAGCCCGGUCUGGCCCGUUCCUGCUCUCCGCACCAAGUCGGUGGUGCGCGUCGCCAGCCCAGUCCGGCCCAUCCAAGCUCCCCGCACCAAGUCAGUGGUGCGCGUCGUCAGCCCGGUUCGGCUCAUUCCUGCUCCCCGCACCAAGUCUGUGGUGCGUUUCGUCAGCCCUGUCCGGCCCGUUCCUGCUCUCCGCACCAAGUCGGUGGUGCGCGUCGCCAGCCCAGUCCGGCCCAUCCAAGCUCCCCGCAUCAAGUCUGUGGUGCGCGUCGUCAGCCCGGUCCGGCUCAUUCCUGCUCCCCGCACCAAGUCAGGGGUGCGCUUCGUCAGCCCGGUCCGGCCCGUUCCUGCUCCCCGCACCAAGUCAGUGGUGUGCUUCGUCAGCCCAGUCCGGCCGGUCCCUGCUCCACGCACCAAGCCUACGGUGGGCGUCGUCAGCCUGGUAAGGCCCGUUCCUCCUCCACGCACCAAGCCAGGGGUGCGCGUCGUCAGUCCAGCACAACCCGUGCCUGGGUCAUGUCCGGAGCCGGAUCCGCCGCAGAGGCGGAGUGCCCACCCGGUCCCUCCCCUGUUGUGGUUGUUUGGCGCGGUCGGAGUCCGCACCUUUGGGGGGGGGUACUGUCACGCCCUGGCUCUGGGGACUAUGUUAUGUUGAGCCAGGGUGUGUAGUCUAUGUUUGUAUAUCUAUGUUGGCCUGAGUGACUCCCAAUCAGAGGCAACGAGUGUCAGCUGGUUGUCUCUGAUUGGGAGCCAUAUUUAACUAUCGGUCUUUUCACUUUGUGUUGUGGUUUCUUGUUCUCAUUUUGGUUUGUUUAUGUAACCAGAGACAUCACGUUUUCGUCAGUUAUUUUGAUCGUGUGAUCAGUCUAAUAAAUACUAUGUUCACUUUCAACGCUGCGCCUUGGUCCUCCUCAUUAGACGAUCGUGACAUGUGGACUUGUCAGGAUUUGCAAUGUAGGCCUUUUUGAGUAUGUGUUCUGUUCUAGAUCAUUGAAUAUGAAAGAACGGUUUUCACACCAUGUAAAAAAUAGUAUUUUGAGUAAUUAAAAAACAGAGAUAAAUAUAAGGCAAACAUAAUGCCAGAGAAACAUUUAUUCCGUUUUCAACAAUAUUAAAAUAACAUCAAAUCGACACAACACCAAUUUCAUAAUGUUGUACAAUACGCAUUUAUGUUCUCAGUGGAUUAUUUUAGAAUGUGUUCAAUUACAUUUGACCUCUCUAUCAAUGACUCCUGUGGUGAAAACUCUCUUUAAAACGUAGCUUGUGAUCUUUUGUCCAAUUUUGAUCUGCUUUGCUCAUUCUAUUGCACUGCACAGAAGAUGCGUCGCUAAUGAUCCAUCAAUACUGUAAAUGUGAAAAGGAAUAUGGUUCAAAAUACUUUUUAAAGUCAUAAUUAUAUUUAAGUAAAGUAAAUCAAUCAUCAGUGAAAGCAUUAAAAUGUGAGUUGCUUGAAGUACAGCACCACUGAUAUCUCAGGAAUGUGGAAUCCAUCCAGCUUGUUACUGAACUACCUGAUUUAGAAGCUGGCUGGAGUGACGUCACCACUUCCCUGCAGUGUGUCACCCAGUGGAGAACUGUGGCAAUGACAGGAAAGUUCCUGAAGACAUUGGAGCUCCAAGGGGCAGGAUAUAAAAGCUGUGAAACUCCUACUGCUGAGACAGAAACCAAUACAACCAACACUGAACACACAGUGCCAUCUCAGAGCAAGAAGACUAAACAUUGACUGAAGAUGCUGUGCUCCCGAGGAUUCAAGUCUUCCCUCAGCCCAUUGAUGGACUUCUACUGGCCUGUGCGCAGUCUAUGGCCAGAGGUCCGACCUCUUCUCGGCCAGCGGGAUCUACUGCAGAGAAACCUGCUGGAGAUCAAGAGCAGUCUGGAGCUGAUGGAGAAACUCCAGCAUCACAUCUUUGAAGAGUUGGACCAUGUCCCAGCCUCUGUGGCCAUCCAACCAGUCUCCUUCAAGCUGGAGAAAGAGGGAGAGCGCUUUGCCCUGACACUGGACACUAAAGACUUUUCCCCAGAUGAGCUGUCUGUCAAGCAGGUGGGCAGGAAGCUGAAAGUCAGUGGGAAGACAGAGAAGAAGCUAGAUGAUGGGGAAGGAUCCUACUCUUACAGAUGCCAAGAGUUCAGACAAGAGUUUGAUCUGCCUGAAGGGGUGAAUCCUGAGACAGUCACCUGCUCCCUGGCUCAUGACGGGAAGCUCCACAUCGAGGCACCAAAGAAUCCACUAUCUGCUGAGGAGGAGGUGGCAGAGAGAGUUGUGCCCAUCAACUGUAGCCUGGAUGUGAAAACCCCACAAUUCCUCAAAGACAGAGGGCAACACCACUGACACACAGAAGAAACAAGAGAACACUAUUUCACAUGAGGACUGAUCAUAUUUAUUAUGCUAUUUUUUUAUUUCAAAGGAUGUUUAAUUUUCUAAUACAUAUUUUUCAUGUCAUGAAACUCAAUUCAUUUACAUUUCAUAUCUUGUAACGAUCAAUAUGAGAUGCUAUUUAAUUUAAUCAAAUUUAAUACAAACUUUUACACAAUAUUGCAGUCGUUAUGAUCUCUUCAAUGAAUAUCAACAUAAUGACUAUUAUAUCUCAUCAAAAGUUAACUUUCCAAUAAGCUCAAUGGCUUUAUAUUUUUCAAUGAUCAGUUUCAAUAAAUUCAAUUUUCUAAAAGCUCUACUAAAAAUGUUCUCAUUCUAACAUGUUCAUUACAUGUUUAAAAACCGGACUUUUGAAAACAAAUGUCACGUGGUGUCACGGAUUCAGCCGAGGCUGCUCCUCCUCCUUGCUCGGGCAGGCUUCUGCGUUCGUUGUCACCUGAGUACUAGCUGCUACCGAUCUAUGUUUCUGUGUUCUACUUGUCUUGUCUUGAUUGUUCACACCUGUUUCCCAUUAUCAUUGAUCACUGCCCUAUUUAACCCUCUGGCUCCCACUGUAUGUUGUGCGUGUUUGUUCAUGUUUGGUUGUCAUCUGGUGAGCGGGUUUGUUUCCUCCCUGCAUGGAGGUUAUGUUAUUUGACGUUACCUAUGAGUAAAGUACGUUUUCGAUAAGCUCUGUGUCCUGCGCCUGACUUCGUCCUACCGCAUCAUACUGACAUCCUGACACGUGGACUUGUCAGGAUUUACAAUGUAGGCCUUUUUGAGCAUGUGUCCUGUUUUAGAUCAUUGAAUAUGAGUGAACGGUUUUCACACCAUGUAGAAAAUAGUAUUUUGGGUAAUUAAAAAACAGAGGUAAAUAUAAGGCAAACAUAAUGCCAGAGAAACAUUUAUUCAGAUUUCAACAAUAUUAAAAUAACAUAAAAUCGACACCACCAAUUUCAUAAUGUUGUACAAUAUGCAUUUAUGUUCUCAGUGGAUUAUUUUAGAAUGUGUUCAAUUACAUUUGACCUUUCUAUCAAUGACUCCUGUGGUGAAAACUCUCUUUAAAACGUAGCUUGUGAUCUUUUGUCCAAUUUUGAUCUGCUUUGCUCAUUCUAUUGCACUGCACAGAAGAUGCGUCGCUAAUGAUCCAUCAAUACUGUAAAUGUGAAAAGGAAUAUGCUUCAAAAUACUUUUAUAAGUCAUCAUUAUAUUUAAGUAAAGUAAACCAAUCAUCAGUGAAAGCAUUAAAAGGUGAGUUGCUUGAAGUACAGCACCACUAAUAUCUCAGGAAUGUGGAAUCCAUCCAGCUUGUUACUGAACUACCUGAUUUAGAAGCUGGCUGGAGUGACGUCACCACUUCCCUGCAUUGUGUCACCCAGUGGAGAACUGUGGCAAUGACAGGAAAGUUCCUGAAGACAUUGGAGCUCCAAGGGGCAGGAUAUAAAAGCUGUGAAACUCCUACUGCUGAGACAGAAACCAAUACAACCAACACUGAACACACAGUGCCAUCUCAGAGCAAGAAGACUAAACAUUGACUGAAGAUGCUGUGCUCCCGAGGAUUCCAGUCUUCCCUUAGCCCAUUGAUGGACUUCUACUGGCCUGUGCGCAGUCUAUGGCCAGAGGUCCGACCUCUUCUCGGCCAGCGGGAUCUACUGCAGAGAAACCUGCUGGAGAUCAAGAGCAGUCUGGAGCUGAUGGAGAAACUCCAGCAGCACAUCUUUGAAGAGUUGGACCAUGUCCCAGCCUCUGUGGCCAUCCAACCAGUCUCCUUCAAGCUGGAGAAAGAGGGAGAGCGCUUUGCCCUGACACUGGACACUAAAGACUUUUCCCCAGAUGAGCUGUCUGUCAAGCAGGUGGGCAGGAAGCUGAAAGUCAGUGGGAAGACAGAGAAGAAGCUAGAUGAUGGGGAAGGCUCCUACUCUUACAGAUGCCAAGAGUUCAGACAAGAGUUUGAUCUGCCUGAAGGGGUGAAUCCUGAGACAGUCACCUGCUCCCUGGCUCAUGACGGGAAGCUCCACAUCGAGGCACCAAAGAAUCCACUAUCUGCUGAGGAGGAGGUGGCAGAGAGAGUUGUACACAUCAACUGUAGCCUGGAUGUGAAAACCCCACAAUUCCUCUCAAAGACAGAGGGCAGCAUCACUGACACACAGAAGAAACAAGAGAACACUACUUCACAUGAGGACUGAUUAUAUUUAUUAUGCUAUUUUUUUAUUUCAAAGGAUGUUUAAUUUUCUAAUACAUAUUUUUCAUUUCAUGAAACUCAAUUCAUUUACAUUUCAUAUCUUGUAACGAUCAAUAUGAGAUGCUAUUUAAUUUAAUCAAAUUUUAAUACAAACUUUUACACAAUAUUGCAGUCGUUAUGAUCUCUUCAAUGAAUAUCAACAUAAUGACUAUUAUAUCUCAUCAAAAGUUAACUUUCCAAUAAGCUCAAUGGCUUUAUAUUUUUCAAUGAUCAGUUUCAAUAAAUUCAAUUUUCUAAAAGCUCUACUAAAAAUGUUCUCAUUCUAACAUGUUCAUUACAUGUUUAAAAACCUGACUUUUGAAAACAAAUGUUACGUGGUGUCACGGAUUCAGCCGAGGCUGCUCCUCCUCCUUGCUCGGGCAGGCUUCUGCGUUCGUUGUCACCUGAGUACUAGCUGCUACCGAUCUAUGUUUCUGUGUUCUACUUGUCUUGUCUUGAUUGUUCACACCUGUUUCCCAUUAUCAUUGAUCACUGCCCUAUUUAACCCUCUGGCUCCCAUUGUAUGUUGUGCGUGUUUGUUCAUGUUUGGUUGUCAUCUGGUGAGCGGGUUUGUUUCCUCCCUGCAUGGAGGUUAUGUUAUUUGACGUUACCUAUGAGUAAAGUACGUUUUCGAUAAGCUCUGUGUCCUGCGCCUGACUUCGUCCUACCGCAUCAUACUGACAUCCUGACACGUGGACUUGUCAGGAUUUACAAUGUAGGCCUUUUUGAGCAUGUGUCCUGUUUUAGAUCAUUGAAUAUGAGUGAAUGGUUUUCACACCAUGUAGAAAAUAGUAUUUUGGGUAAUUAAAAAACAGAGGUAAAUAUAAGGCAAACAUAAUGCCAGAGAAACAUUUAUUCAGUUUUCAACAAUAUUAAAAUAACAUCAAAUCGACACCACCAAUUUCAUAAUGUUGUACAAUACGCAUUUAUGUUCUCAGUGGAUUAUUUUAGAAUGUGUUCAAUUACAUUUGACCUCUCUAUCAAUGACUCCUGUGGUGAAAACUCUCUUUAAAACGUAGCUUGUGAUCUUUUGUCCAAUUUUGAUCUGCUUUGCUCAUUCUAUUGCACUGCACAGAAGAUGCGUCGCUAAUGAUCCAUCAAUACUGUAAAUGUGAAAAGGAAUAUGGUUCAAAAUACUUUUUAAAGUCAUAAUUAUAUUUAAGUAAAGUAAAUCAAUCAUCAGUGAAAGCAUUAAAAGGUGAGUUGCUUGAAGUACAGCACCACUAAUAUCUCAGGAAUGUGGAAUCCAUCCAGCUUGUUACUGAACUACCUGAUUUAGAAGCUGGCUGGAGUGACAUCACCACUUCCCUGCAGUGUGUCACCCAGUGGAGAACUGUGGCAAUGACAGGAAAGUUCCUGAAGACAUUGGAGCUCCAAGGGGCAGGAUAUAAAAGCUGUGAAACUCCCACUGCUGAGACAGAAACAAAUACAACCAACACUGAACACACAGUGCCAUCUCAGAGCAAGAAGACUAAACAUUGACUGAAGAUGCUGUGCUCCCGAGGAUUCCAGUCUUCCCUCAGCCCAUUGAUGGACUUCUACUGGCCUGUGCGCAAUCUAUGGCCAGAGGUCCGACCUCUUCUCGGCCAGCGGGAUCUACUGCAGAGAAACCUGCUGGAGAUCAAGAGCAGUCUGGAGCUGAUGGAGAAACUCCAGCAGCACAUCUUUGAAGAGUUGGACCAUGUCCCAGCCUCUGUGGCCAUCCAACCAGUCUCAUUCAAGCUGGAAAAAGAGGGAGAGCGCUUUGCCCUGACACUGGACACUAAAGACUUUUCCCCAGAUGAGCUGCCUGUCAAGCAGGUGGGCAGGAAGCUGAAAGUCAGUGGGAAGACAGAGAAGAAGCUAGAUGAUGGGAAAGGCUCCUACUCUUACAGAUGCCAAGAGUUCAGACAAGAGUUUGAUCUGCCUGAAGGGGUGAAUCCUGAGACAGUCACCUGCUCCCUGGCUCAUGACGGGAAGCUCCACAUCGAGACACCAAAGAAUCCACUAUCUGCUGAGGAGGAGGUGGCAGAGAGAGUUGUACACAUCAACUGUAGCCUGGAUGUGAAAACCCCACAAUUCCUCUCAAAGACAGAGGGCAGCACCACUGACACACAGAAGAAACAAGAGAACACUACUUCACAUGAGGACUGAUCAUAUUUAUUAUGCAAUUUUUUUAUUUCAAAGGAUGUUUAAUUUUCUAAUACAUAUUUUUCAUUUCAUGAAACUCAAUUCAUUUACAUUUCAUAUCUUGUAACGAUCAAUAUGAGAUGCUAUUUAAUUUAAUCAAAUUUAAUACAAACUUUUACACAAUAUUGCAGUCGUUAUGAUCUCUUCAAUGAAUAUCAACAUAAUGACUAUUAUAUCUCAUCAAAAGUUAACUUUCCAAUAAGCUCAAUGGCUUUAUAUUUUUCAAUGAUCAGUUUCAAUAAAUUCAAUUUUCUAAAAGCUCUACUAAAAAUGUUCUCAUUCUAACAUGUUCAUUACAUGUUUAAAAACCUGACUUUUGAAAACAAAUGUUACGUGGUGUCACGGAUUCAGCCGAGGCUGCUCCUCCUCCUUGCUCGGGCAGGCUUCUGCGUUCGUUGUCACCUGAGUACUAGCUGCUACCGAUCUAUGUUUCUGUGUUCUACUUGUCUUGUCUUGAUUGUUCACACCUGUUUCCCAUUAUCAUUGAUCACUGCCCUAUUUAACCCUCUGGCUCCCAUUGUAUGUUGUGCGUGUUUGUUCAUGUUUGGUUGUCAUCUGGUGAGCGGGUUUGUUUCCUCCCUGCGUGGAGGUUAUGUUAUUUGACGUUACCUAUGAGUAAAGUACGUUUUCGAUAAGCUCUGUGUCCUGCGCCUGACUUCGUCCUACCGCAUCAUACUGACAUCCUGACACGUGGACUUGUCAGGAUUUACAAUGUAGGCCUUUUUGAGCAUGUGUCCUGUUUUAGAUCAUUGAAUAUGAGUGAAUGGUUUUCACACCAUGUAGAAAAUAGUAUUUUGGGUAAUUAAAAAACAGAGGUAAAUAUAAGGCAAACAUAAUGCCAGAGAAACAUUUAUUCAGUUUUCAACAAUAUUAAAAUAACAUCAAAUCGACACCACCAAUUUCAUAAUGUUGUACAAUACGCAUUUAUGUUCUCAGUGGAUUAUUUUAGAAUGUGUUCAAUUACAUUUGACCUCUCUAUCAAUGACUCCUGUGGUGAAAACUCUCUUUAAAACGUAGCUUGUGAUCUUUUGUCCAAUUUUGAUCUGCUUUGCUCAUUCUAUUGCACUGCACAGAAGAUGCGUCGCUAAUGAUCCAUCAAUACUGUAAAUGUGAAAAGGAAUAUGGUUCAAAAUACUUUUUAAAGUCAUAAUUAUAUUUAAGUAAAGUAAAUCAAUCAUCAGUGAAAGCAUUAAAAGGUGAGUUGCUUGAAGUACAGCACCACUAAUAUCUCAGGAAUGUGGAAUCCAUCCAGCUUGUUACUGAACUACCUGAUUUAGAAGCUGGCUGGAGUGACGUCACCACUUCCCUGCAUUGUGUCACCCAGUGGAGAACUGUGGCAAUGACAGGAAAGUUCCUGAAGACAUUGGAGCUCCAAGGGGCAGGAUAUAAAAGCUGUGAAACUCCUGCUGCUGAGACAGAAACCAAUACAACCAACACUGAACACACAGUGCCAUCUCAGAGCAAGAAGACUAAACAUUGACUGAAGAUGCUGUGCUCCCGAGGAUUCCAGUCUUCCCUCAGCCCAUUGAUGGACUUCUACUGGCCUGUGCGCAAUCUAUGGCCAGAGGUCCGACCUCUUCUCGGCCAGCGGGAUCUACUGCAGAGAAACCUGCUGGAGAUCAAGAGCAGUCUGGAGCUGAUGGAGAAACUCCAGCAGCACAUCUUUGAAGAGUUGGACCAUGUCCCAGCCUCUGUGGCCAUCCAACCAGUCUCCUUCAAGCUGGAGAAAGAGGGAGAGCGCUUUGCCCUGACACUGGACACUAAAGACUUUUCCCCAGAUGAGCUGUCUGUCAAGCAGGUGGGCAGGAAGCUGAAAGUCAGUGGGAAGACAGAGAAGAAGCUAGAUGAUGGGGAAGGCUCCUACUCUUACAGAUGCCAAGAGUUCAGACAAGAGUUUGAUCUGCCUGAAGGGGUGAAUCCUGAGACAGUCACCUGCUCCCUGGCUCAUGACGGGAAGCUCCACAUCGAGACACCAAAGAAUCCACUAUCUGCUGAGGAGGAGGUGGCAGAGAGAGUUGUGCCCAUCAACUGUAGCCUGGAUGUGAAAACCCCACAAUUCCUCUCAAAGACAGAGGGCAGCACCACUGACACACAGAAGAAACAAGAGAACACUACUUCACAUGAGGACUGAUCAUAUUUAUUAUGCAAUUUUUUUAUUUCAAAGGAUGUUUAAUUUUCUAAUACAUAUUUUUCAUGUCAUGAAACUCAAUUCAUUUACAUUUCAUAUCUUGUAACGAUCAAUAUGAGAUGCUAUUUAAUUUAAUCAAUAAAAUACAAACUUUUACACAAUAUUGCAGUCGUUAUGAUCUCUUCAAGGAAUAUCAACAUAAUGAUUAUUAUUUCUCAUCAAAAGUUAACUUGGCUUGAUAUUUUUCAAUGAUCAGUUUCAGUAAAUUAAAAUUUCUAAAAGCUCUACUAAAAAUGUUCUUAUUCUAACAUGUUCAUUACAUCUUUAAAAACCUGACUUUUGAAAACAAAUGUUAUGGGGACUUGUCAGGAUUUGCAAUGUAGGCCUUUUUGAGUAUGUGUUCUGUUCUAGAUCAUUGAAUAUGAAAGAACGGUUUUCACACCAUGUAAAAAUAGUAUUUUGAGUAAUUAAAAAACAGAGAUAAAUAUAAGGCAAACAUAAUGCCAGAGAAACAUUUAUUCAGUUUUCAACAAUAUUAAAAUAACAUCAAAUCGACACAACACCAAUUUCAUAAUGUUGUACAAUACGCAUUUAUGUUCUCAGUGGAUUAUUUUAGAAUGUGUUCAAUUACAUUUGACCUCUCUAUCAAUGACUCCUGUGGUGAAAACUCUCUUUAAAACGUUUUCACCACAGGAGUUUUCACUCCUGUGGUGAAAACUCUCUUUAAAACGUAGCUUGUGAUCUUUUGUCCAAUUUUGAUCUGCUUUGCUCAUUCUAUUGCACUGCACAGAAGAUGCGUCGCUAAUGAUCCAUCAAUACUGUAAAUGUGAAAAGGAAUAUGGUUCAAAAUACUUUUUAAAGUCAUAAUUAUAUUUAAGUAAAGUAAAUCAAUCAUCAGUGAAAGCAUUAAAAGGUGAGUUGCUUGAAGUACAGCACCACUAAUAUCUCAGGAAUGUGGAAUCCAUCCAGCUUGUUACUGAACUACCUGAUUUAGAAGCUGGCUGGAGUGACGUCACCACUUCCCUGCAGUGUGUCACCCAGUGGAGAACUGUGGCAAUGACAGGAAAGUUCCUGAAGACAUUGGAGCUCCAAGGGGCAGGAUAUAAAAGCUGUGAAACUCCCACUGCUGAGACAGAAACAAAUACAACCAACACUGAACACACAGUGCCAUCUCAGAGCAAGAAGACUAAACAUUGACUGAAGAUGCUGUGCUCCCGAGGAUUCAAGUCUUCCCUCAGCCCAUUGAUGGACUUCUACUGGCCUGUGCGCAGUCUAUGGCCAGAGGUCCGACCUCUUCUCGGCCAGCGGGAUCUACUGCAGAGAAACCUGCUGGAGAUCAAGAGCAGUCUGGAGCUGAUGGAGAAACUCCAGCAGCACAUCUUUGAAGAGUUGGACCAUGUCCCAGCCUCUGUGGCCAUCCAACCAGUCUCAUUCAAGCUGGAAAAAGAGGGAGAGCGCUUUGCCCUGACACUGGACACUAAAGACUUUUCCCCAGAUGAGCUGUCUGUCAAGCAGGUGGGCAGGAAGCUGAAAGUCAGUGGGAAGACAGAGAAGAAGCUAGAUGAUGGGAAAGGCUCCUACUCUUACAGAUGCCAAGAGUUCAGACAAGAGUUUGAUCUGCCUGAAGGGGUGAAUCCUGAGACAGUCACCUGCUCCCUGGCUCAUGACGGGAAGCUCCACAUCGAGGCACCAAAAAAUCCACUAUCUGCUGAGGAGGAGGUGGCAGAGAGAGUUGUGCCCAUCAACUGUAGCCUGGAUGUGAAAACCCCACAAUUCCUCUCAAAGACAGAGGGCAACACCACUGACACACAGAAGAAACAAGAGAACACUACUUCACAUGAGGACUGA